AUCUAUUUAAAGGCUGAAAAUAAUGUACAAAAACUUGAAUCUGUGCAGUAGCUUUAAGGACCUCAAUGUUUGGCUGAACUCCACAUACAGUGAAGGCCUCAUAUCAGGUGAUAGUUGAUACCUGGGUGGCAUCAACAACAAAGCCCUGUUGAAAUAAGAGCCUCUGGUCACAAAGAAUGACAUCUCCAGUUAUACACGAAUAAAGGCAGAUAGGGAAGACAAAAAAACAAAAGUAGGGGCGAUGGCAGAAGAGGAGGAAAUAGGUCACAGGGGAGGGGCUUUCAGAGGAAUAUAUAUUCCUGACUUCGGCCUCCCCAUCAGUCAACCCACCUUCCAUCCUUUAGAGGCCGUCUUCAUUUACGGCAUUGACAUGCGAGCUGUUGUGUUGUUGAGUCUGCUGCACGGAGCCUUUUGUCAGAAUGUGUUCAGCUGGGACAACGGGGCCUCCGACACCCGACCAGUCCAACCCGAUGAGUGUCUUCCGGACCCCACCUUGUGUGGCUGCUGUCUGAUGCAGAAGAAGUUGCAAAGGAUGGAGUGGUUCUUCAACAAGACCGUGGAAGAAAUCAGCAAGAAUCUGACCAAUGCAAAGAUGGCCCUCAACGACAAGCGAGCCAGCCGCAGCGCCUUCUCCGUCGCCCUCGACAAAGCCGGCGGCAACGGCUGCUUCGGCCCGUUCGCCGACGACCGGCGCGUCCUCUACCGGCACGUCUUCCUCAACCUGGGCGACGGCUACGGCGCCACCACCGGCGGCUUCACCGCCCCCCGCUCCGGCGUCUACAGCCUGGCCGUCACCGUCUACUCCGCCUACGGCUCCCUGGGGGCCGGAGCGCACCUGACGGUCAACGGCCUGACGGCGAGCGCGCUGCGGGAGAAGGAGAGCCGGGACCGCGAGGACAGCGCCACCCUGGUGGUGUCGGUGAAGCUGAAGGCCGGGGACGAGGUGGCGGUCGUCCUGCCGAAAGGGAGCGUGGUCUGCGACGACUCGAGCCACCUCAACACCUUCACGGGCUUCCUGCUGUACCCGUGCUGAGUGGACACCAGCCGCUCCAGCAGCAUCAAUGUGGCCCGGUUGUUGAUUUCUAACAGCGUUGAAAUGAUACGAUGGAAGUUGAUGGCAAUUGUUGUUUUUUCUGAAGGUGAAAUAAACCAGACCUUUAAACCAA